AUGGAGGUGGAGGAGGAUACGUCAUGGAACGGCGCCGGACACACGGGCGAGGAGGCCAUCGAUGUCGAUGAGCUAAGAGUCAUGUAUUGUGCUGCUGAUUCCUUCCAACAAUACCCCCGCCUGGCCCACUACCAAACCACCCACCUCCGCCGGCAGUCCUUCUACUCCCUCCCCCAAGCCCACCUCCGGCUCCUGUCAUCCCCACCGUUCAACUACCUCGAAACGCUUUCCAAAGUCGACGACUGCAUCGACUCCAACGCCGAACUGUCCAGGGCUAUCUUCAAAGCUGCCCUCUCAAACUUCAACCUGGGGGUGCCCGACGAAAAGUCACGGACUGCUACUGGCACCCUUAAAAUGCCGGAUGAGUGGGCAGGCUGUGCAAAGAAUGGGGAUGUGGACAAGGCGAGGAGCACAAUUCGUCAGUUCUACCGGGACUGGUCGGCAGAAGGAAAAAGGGAGAGGGAUGUCUGCUUCCGGAAUGUCUUCAAGGUUGUUCAACAAGAGCAGAAGAGGUUGAAAGAAGGGGAGAAACUGCGGGUUUUGGUGCCGGGCGCGGGGUUGGGGAGGUUGGUGUUUGAACUGUUUCUACGGGGGUGUAUAGCGGAGGGGAAUGAGAUUUCCUACCACCAACUGCUGGCGAGCUCUUACAUCUUGAACUGCUGCGAGCGGGCGGGGCAGUACGAGGUUUUUCCUUGGGUGCAUGGGUUUUCGAAUCAUAGGACAAGAAGGGAUCAGUUUAGGGGGUACAAGGUGCCGGAUGUGCAUUGUAUGAGCGAGACAAUGAGGGUGCAGGAGGAGACGGGCAGGGUCGGCGAGAUGAGCAUGACGGCUGCGGAUUUCUUGUGCGAGUACGCCAAGGAGGAAAACGCGGGGGCGUUUGAUGUGGUGGCGGCGGUUUUUUUCCUCGAUACGGCCCCGAAUCUGAUUAGGUAUUUGGAUGUGAUUUAUGGGUGUUUGAAGCCUGGGGGGGUGCUGGUGAACUUUGGGCCGUUGCUGUGGCAUUUCGAGGGGGUGAUGCCGAAUAAGAGUGAGAACGGGGCCCAUAUGAGCGGCGGGGAUGAUAUGACGGGGAUUGCGGAGCCGGGGAACUUUGAGCUGACGGAUGAGGAGGUGAUGGAGCUGGUGACAAAGGUUGGGUUCGUGGUUGAGUCGAGGGAGACAGGGGUCGAGGCGCCGUAUAUACAUGAUACUGAGUCCAUGCUGCAGACUAUGUAUCGAGCCAGUACGUGGGUUGCGAGGAAGCCGGUCAUCAAGGCGGAUACUUCUUAGAGACUGCAUAUAUUUAUCUCAAAAAAAAAAAAAUGCUCAAAAUGCUAAAUAACAAC